UAUGAAUUUGAAAUAAAUUGAAAUCCAAACCAUAAAAAAGGUUGAUUGCAACCGAUAUACCAGCAAGUAGGGCUGGCUAGGUCCCGGACUGUUUGGUUUUACCCGAAACCGGACCGUAUAACCCGGACCGGGAUCGGACUGGGACCGGAUAGCAAACAAUCCAAUCUCAUAUUCGGGCUUAGAUUUGAGGUAAAAAACCCGGAUAAAGACCGGAUAAGGGACCCCCAACACCUAAAAUCAAAAUCAAAUUGAGACCGGACCGGGUCAAGACCGGACCGAAUCAAGACCGGACUGUAUCCAAUCCAAUCUUUGGUCUUUAUAUUCCAGAAAAGACCGGACUGGGACCGAAUCAAUUUGGUUUAAUUUAACCGAACCAGACCGUAUAGCCACCCCUACCGGCAACCACUAUUUGAAGUUGAAGCCAGCAAAAGUCAUAUUAGCUCACAGAUGGAUCUUUUUCCCUUUUUUUCCUGCCAAAGCCACACCAAUAAUUAGCUGUAAACACUUAUCCAUUGAGGUAUUUUGGCCCAAUGCGGUCCUCCACAAUAUUUGUUUUUAUUUUUGGCUAACUAUAAAGGAAGCUAUAUUGUCCUUUUCCUCACAAGUCAAAACAAAAUUAAUAACUAAGUUUUGAAGGUUUUAUUAUCAAGGAAAUAAAUAUCUAACAACUAAAUCACUAAUUAAGGAUAAAAUAACCAGUUCAAUAAAAUGCAUUAACUUAAGUCACUCCAUGACUCCAAGUCAAAUGUGCAAACUUUUGGAUAACAAGAAAGCAUAUUUCUUCAACCCAAAAGCAAAUAUGACUCAAUCACAUAUAAAAUCAUAAAUUUCUCAGGAAAAAAAAAACAAAUUCAUCACUCAGGUCAAUUAUUUUUGUAGUCUUUUGAUAUACACACGAGUUAUAAUAAAAUUAUUUGUAUGAACUUUAUUGUGUUUUAAUUGUUUAAAUGACACUUUUUAUCUUAUUUAAUAAUAUUAUCUAUUUUGACAUAUGGUACAAUCGAUACACAAUGCUGUAAAUUUUGCCAUUUACUUUCAUAACUCUAAAUGGAUUAGAAAAGCAAUAUAUUUCACAAUCAUGCCUUUCCAAUUUGUUACUAUUAUUAUUUCUCAUUUUGAUUUAUUCUCAUUUUGUUCUCCCAAGUUUAAACAUUUUUAUUUUCUUUUCUCUCUCAUUUCCUUAAUUAUCUCCAAGCACGCUGCCCACUCUCUAUUUUCUCUCUCUUCUUCCCCUAAAAAUUAUCAGUUUUUCUCCUCUCCCCCAACUUCUCUCUUCCCCCUUUUCCUUCCUUCCUUGUCGGAUUAAUCCAAUCGGCCGCCGCCGUCGUCGUCCGAUACAUAUUAAACUGACCACCACCAAAGAACCACCUCCGGCGAUCGGUUCCAAAUGACUGUUCAUUCCGAUUCGGGCACGCUCAAUUUCCUCGGCUGCUCGAUUGGAAACUCGGUACAAUUGCUCCUUCAAUCCUCCUUCUCUUAGAUCCCUAAUCGUAUGUUUCCCCCUCUUGAGUUGGAUCGUUCAGGUAGGUGAUUGAAUCUUAGAAACAAAAGAAAGCUUGUUUCCCUUCCCCUUCAUGGUGCCUCUAAUCGGAGCUCGAUAAACGGCCGUUGUUCCGAUUACCGCCUGAGCUGAAAAGGGAUUGGGGGAAAGAAGGCUGCUUGCUCGCUCUCUUUCUGUUUUGGAUACUAGGGUUAGGGCUGUAUCUGUGGAGGGAUGUUUAAGAAGAUCAUUAAAGGCGGGCGGAAGCCGUCCAAGUCGGACGACGGGUUCGGGAACACUGGGCACCACCGCACCGCGUCGGGAAAUGUGGUGGUUAACCACGCUUCGCGGGGUGGCACCGGGGCGGCGGUGCCCGCGCCGGCUUCUCCGGCGAUGUCGACUCCCCCGCCUAUGCAAUCCGUGGAGCCUCUCCCGCUCUUUCGGGACGUCCCCGUGUCGGAGCGGCAUAAUCUCUUCCUCCGGAAGCUCCAGGUUUGUUGCUUCCAGUUUGAUUUUGGGGACACUUUGAGAUCGGUGAGGGAGAAGGAAAUCAAGAGGCAGACGCUGUUGGAGCUCGUGGAUUUCCUUCAAUCCGGGUCGGGCAAGAUCAAUGAGGUCUGCCAGGAAGAAAUGAUUAGGAUGGUCUCUGUGAAUAUAUUUCGAAGCUUGCCUCCCAAUUCCCACGAGAGCACAGGGCAAGUGCCCGCUGAUCCUGAAGAAGAGGAACCGUAUUUGGAACCUUCCUGGCCUCAUUUGCAGCUUGUUUAUGAGCUCGUGUUGAGAUAUGUUGUCUCUUCAGAUACAGAUACCAAGGUUGCCAAAAGGUAUAUUGAUCAUUCAUUCGUAUUGAAAUUGCUGGAUUUGUUUGACACCGAGGAUCCACGAGAGAGGGAGUAUUUGAAAACCAUCCUUCAUAGGAUAUAUGGGAAGUUCAUGGUGCAUCGGCCUUUUAUUAGAAAGGCAAUAAACAAUAUCUUCUAUCGAUUUAUAUACGAGACAGAGAGACACAGUGGGAUAGGGGAGCUUCUUGAGAUCUUGGGGAGUAUCAUAAAUGGGUUUGCUCUGCCGAUGAAGGAGGAGCAUAAGUUAUUCCUUGUCAGGGCACUUAUACCACUACAUAAACCGAAGGCUAUAUCUAUAUACCACCAACAGCUUUCUUAUUGCAUUACUCAGUUUGUUGAGAAGGAUUACAAACUGGCAGAUACGGUUAUAAGGGGUUUAUUGAAGUAUUGGCCAGUGAUCAAUUGCCAGAAGGAAGUUCUUUUCCUAGGAGAACUCGAAGAAGUGCUAGAGGCAACUCAACCUGCAGAAUUUCAGCGUUGCAUGGUUCCUCUGUUCAGACAGAUUGGUCAUUGCUUGACUAGUUCACAUUUUCAGGUUGCAGAAAGAGCGCUGUUCUUGUGGAACAACGAGCACGUCGUGGGGCUAAUCGCACAGAAUCGCGGAGUGGUACUACCAAUCCUCUUCGAUGCCUUGGAGAAGAACAUCCAGACACAUUGGAAUCAGGCUGUCCACGGGUUGACAGUCAACGUCCGGAAGAUGUUCCUGGAGAUGGACACCGAGUUGUUCGAGGAAUGCCAGAGGCAGUACGAGGAGAAGGAGUCGAGGGCGAAGGAAGUGGAAGAGCAGCGGGAGAUGACGUGGAAGAGACUCGCUGACGUGGCCGGUGAGCGAGACAACAUGAUCACUGCUUGACACGCCAGCAAAGGAAAAUUCAUCUCCUCCCCAGUCUGCAACCAGUAGGGAAUGGAGGGAAGAAAUGGGCGAUUAAUGGAAGUGCUCAUCUCUACCCCCAUUUUGAUCAUGCCCUAUUCUUUUUUUGCUCCCCCUUAUUUUUGUUGAUCUUCAAAAAUCGAUUUUUAAAAGAUGUCAAAUUACAAGAAGAGCAGCAGGAGCAGUAAAAAUUGUAAUUUUUAAAAGUGUUGUUUAGUAAUAUGCUUGCUGCUACAUCCAUCCAGAAUCAUAUCUCCUGGGUGAGCUUUUGGAGUUCUUUCCCUAUUUUAUUUGGUUAGUUUUAGUUACUUAUUUUUACUUCCAGAUUUUAUUUAUUGGGGGGGUUUCUUUUUUUUGACAGACUAGUAAUUUUACUGAACUUUAACUCAGUUGUUUCCACUCAUAUAUGUAAUGUUGUUGCUCAAUUUUUCUCUGGAUCAUGAGUGAAUUUGCUUCUUUAGCUGUUGUUUGUUAAUCUUGCUGACCCACAGUUAAAAUAUGAAUUCUUAAGGGUUAGAACUUGGAACGACCCUAGUAUAGGCUGAUUUUUAUGUCAUGUGGAUGAAGCAUCGAUCAAUCACAUUGUUUACGGUGCGAUUCUACUGAGCUGAUGUAA